CGAAGCGCAGGGGUGGGCUUUCGCGGUGGGCCCUUCCGCGUCCUGGCUGUGAGUGGCCGCUGCUUCUCCCGAAUGGCCCCGGUCCCUGUCCCCUGCGUGAGCCGGCGCCCCCCGGAGGACGCACACGCCGACGCCGACGCCGACGCCGACGCCGGAAUGGAACUGUUGACAUUUAGAGAUGUGGUCAUCGAUUUCUCUCUGGAAGAGUGGGCAUGUCUGGACCCUGUUCAGCGAACUCUGUAUAGGGAUGUGAUGUUAGAGAACUACAGGAACGUUUUCUCCCUGGGUCUGGCGGUCUCCAAGCCCCACCUGAUCACCUGUCUGGAGCAAAGCGAGGAGCCCUGGAAUGUGGAGACACAAGGGACAGCAGCCACGCAUCCAGGUGUAAAGUCUCAUUCAAAAUAUACUGAACACCAGAGAAUUUAUGCUGGAAAGAAACUCCACAAGUGUAAAGAAUGUGGCAAAGCCUUUAGUAAGCGCUCCAACCUUAGUAAACACCACCGAGUUCACACUGGUGAGAAACCCUACCAGUGUAAAGAAUGUGGCCGAGCUUUUAACAUGUCCUCCAACCUUACUCAACACCAGCGCAUUCACACUGGAGAGAAACCCUACCAGUGUAAAGAAUGUGGCCGAGCCUUCAGAAUGUCCUCCAACCUUACUCGACAUCAGAAGAUUCACACCGGAGAGAAACGCUACCAGUGUAAAGAAUGUGACAAGACCUUUGAUGGACCCUGCAGGCUUGCUCAGCACCAGAGAGUUCAUGCUGGUGAGAAACUCUACAAGUGUGAAGCAUGCGGCAAAGGCUUUGAUCGAAGUUCCAGGCUUGCUCAGCACCAGAGAGUUCAUAGUGAUGAGAAACCCUACAAAUGUGAACAGUGUGGCAAAGCCUUCGAUCAGUGCCUCCGAUUCAUUCAUCACCUGAGAGUUCACACUGGUGAGAAAGCCUACAGAUGUGAGGAAUGUGGCAAAACCUUUGACCGCAUUUCCAGACUUAUCCGUCACCUCAGGUUUCGUACUGCUGAGAAGCCCUACAAGUGUAAAGAAUGCGGCAAAACCUAUGAUAAAAACUGCAGACUUACUCAGCACCAGAGAGUUCAUAAUAUUGAGAAACCCUACAAAUGUCAAGACUGCGGCAAAGCCUUCAAUCAAAGUUCCAGGUUUAUUCAACACCAGAGAGUUCACACUGGUGAGGGCUUCUACAAAUGUGAACAGUGUGACAAAGCCUUUGGACAGAUCUCCAGAUUUAUUCAACACCAAAGAAUUCACACUGAUGAAAAACCCUACAAAUGUGAAGAAUGUGGCAAAGCCUUUGGCCGCAGCUCCAGACUUAGUCAGCACCAGAAAAUUCAUACUGGUGAGAAACCCUACAAAUGUAAAGAAUGUGGCAGAGGCUUCAAUCAGAAUUUAAGGUUUAUUCAACACCAGAGAGUUCAUAUUGGUGAGAACCCCUACAAAUGUGAAGAAUGUGGUAAAUCCUUCGAUCGAAGCUCCAGACUAAUCCAGCACCAGAGAAUUCACACUAGAGAACCUCACAAGUGUGAAGAUUGUGGCUCAGCCUUUAGUCAGUACUCACAGAACACACACCAGAGAGAACCCUACUAAUGUAAUGAAUGUGGAAAAGCCUUUAAUGGGGCUUGUGCCUUACUGAACACGAGAUAGUUCAUACGAGAGAGAAACCCUACAAAUGUAAGAAGUAAGGCAAAGCUUUUUCCAUAAUUCAAGUUUUAGACGUCACAGAAUUCUUAAUACAGUACAUAAAAAUCCCACUUGUAAAAAGAAUGUGGCAAAGACUAAUCAGAUUUUACACCUUAUUCAGUCAGACAGUUGAUACGGAAAUGAAACCAUACAAAUGUAAAUAAAGCAAAGUAUUUAAUAUUUGGUCCUUAGUCAACAUCAGAGAAUUCAUAUCAGAUAGAAACCUUUUAUCUGCAGUAACUGAGAAGACACUUAUCAAAAAUAUAAACCUCUCAACAGUUUAAUAUUUAUAUUAGAAAAAACAUGCAAAUGUAGAGUAGCAAAGCUUUUAUUCAUACAUAUGACCAUAAUGCAAGAGGAUUACUGGAGAGAAAUCACACAAAUAUGAAAAAUAUGGCACAGACUAAGUUGUUUAAAACUUAUUGGAUAGUUUUAAUUGGUGUGGUAGAAAAAGUAACCCUCACAGAUGGUAAAUAGUAUAGAUCACUUAUCUCUGAAGGGACAGAAAUUUAUGACAAAUCCAUGUUCACUAGCCUGUUUUCAAAAUUGGAUAAAGAACAGUUCUCAUGUAGAUCAUUGUAUCAGAAGAACAGCACUGUUCCCUGACAGUUUAAAUUCAUUUUUCUUAACAUACAUUGGCUUUUGAAAUACUUCAUUGAGAUUAUGUGUAAACUUUACUCUUACUGUUUUUUAAAAUUUUUAUUUGUACGUUUUAAAAAUAUUUUUAUUUUCUAGUACCAGGUAUCAAACUCAGGACCUUGCGGUUGCCAGGUAGGUGAGGCACCACUGAGCUACAUCCCUGGCUCUAUUUGUUCAUUUUUUGAGACAGGGUCUCACUAUGUAAAUUCAGGCCUUGAACUCACUGUGUAGCCCAGGCUGGCCUUGAACUCGUGGUAAUUCUCCCGCCUCAGCCUCCUGAGUGCUGGGAUUAUAGGCAUGUGCCACCAUGCCUGGCACUUUACUCUUUUAAUAAGUUAAAGGUUUUUAGUAUGUGAAAACUGCAAUAUUGAAUGACAUGUCAUUCUACAGAAAGUAAAAUAUUUUAUCCCACUCAAGGUUGCAAAUGACAGUAUGAGUAUACUAUUGGGUAAAAAGCAUGACGACAUCUCUAGUAAUUCUUUUCAGAAUAUUAUUAAACUAAUAAUUUGGAGAACAAUAUUCUCAUACUUCAUAUAUCUAAUAAUUUUUGUCACUAAUGGGAAAUUAUGAUGGUUUUAGAAGUAUAAUAAUAAGCUCCAGCUUUCUAAAUCCUGAAUUGCUGAGUAUGCAUAUUGUCCUAUAAAUGUUUUCCAUGUAUCACCACAUUAGGCCUACAAAGCAUGCACAGACUUGGGUAUUCAUUUGUAUUAAUUCAGAUAUACAAAUAACACAAUUCAGUGACUUCAGGCAUAAGAGAACUGUGUUGUGUAUAUGUGAAUUUCUGUAUAUUGAGAAAAAAAGGGAAAUACUGAAAAGCAAGAUCUAUCAACAAAGUUGAUACUUUAUUGGCAAACUAGAAAUUUCAGAUAUUCUGAAUGAAAAACUUUUGUCUACACUGAACUCAUUUCUCCAGAAUAUCAUGGUUCCUGUUUUAAAAUCUUUCUACGCCAACUUUACCUUUUUUUUUAAACUUGCCUGUUACUCAUAUAAGACAUUGUGGUUUACUUCACCAAAGUUUAUGAGGUAUAAUAUAUUUCCCCUGUGCUGGAACUUUAACAAUGGUUUUUUAUCAUAUUUAAUGGUGUUCAGAAAUUAAUUUGAAAGUAUAAUGCCACAGUGACCAUAUUAAGAUAUAUUUCUUUAAUUGGUACCUUUUAUUAUUUCCUUCUAUAUGGGAGAUGACUUUUGAGACUUUUACUUUAUUAGUGCAUGAUAAUAUUUCAUGAUGAUAGGAAGUAUUUUGGGAAGUUGAUACAAUUAAUAUAUCUUAAUCAGUUUUCUUCCCAUUACCUACUCUCCUUUUCUUCCUCUCCCGUUUUUUCUCUUUCCUAUCUCUAAAAGUCUGCCUUCUGGUUUUCUGUUUUCUCUUUUUAUUAUGUAUUAAUUUAUGUAUUUUGGGAGUUUAUCCUAUGAGAGGAAAUAUAUGAUAUUUACCUUUCUGAGUCUGGCUGAUUUCACUUUUGAUGAUUUCUAUUUUCAUACAUUUUCUUACAAAUCAUAUGAUUUCAUUUUUUCGACUGAAUAUUCUUUUUCUUUCUCUCUCUAUAUAUUCUCACAACUUUUAUUAAUACAUUUGUUGGUGAACAUCUACGUUGUUUCCAGAGCUCAGGUAUGGUAAAUUCCACUGCUGCAAACGUGUAUGCAAUUACUGUAUGCAUGCUGUGUUUAAGACUGUUGGGGAUAUACCCAGGAGUGGUACAGAUUGCUCAACUGGUAUUUCUUGUUCAGCCUUUUAAUAAGUCUCCAUAAUGUCAUUUCCGUAGUGGUUGUCCUAGUUUACAUUCCCAGCAGGAAUGUAGGAGGAUGCCUCCUCCCCCUAAUCCCCACCAACAUUCAUUGUUUCAUUACUUUUAAUGAUAGAAUUUUUUUUUUUUUUUUAUACCGGGGAUUGAACUCGGGACCUUGUGCCUGUGAGGCAGGCGCUGGAACUGCCGAGCUAAAUCCCCGGCCGUAAUGGUAGAAAUUCUGACUUGGUGAGAAGUAAUCCCAGUGUAGGUCAAGGUUAGGGUUAGCGGUUAGGGGUUAGGAAUAUAAUUUAGGUUAUUAGUUAGAAUUAGGGAUUACUGGUUAUGAUUAGGGGUUAGGCUUACAGGUUAGGACUUGAGUCAGGAUUAGGUUUGUGGGUCAGGGUCCAGGCCAGAGUCAAGAUCUGGUUUAGGUUUUAGGGGUGGGGUUAAUGUUAGGGUUAGGAGUCAGGGCUAGGGUCAGUUUUAGGGUCAGGAUCAGAUCAGUUACGACCAAAGUUGAGUGUAGGGUUGGGAGUAAGGAUUUGAGGUUAGGUUUGAGUUUAUAGGAGUAGGGUUAUGAUUGGGGUUUGGGUUGGGCUCAUGGAUAGAGUCAGGUUUGGGGUAGGAGUAGAAUUAGGGGUUAGGGCUAUUUUUACAUUUAGGGUCACAGUCAGGAUCUGAGUCCAAGUCUGGUUUAGGAUUUAGGGAUAGAGUUAUGGUUAGUGUCAGGGUUAGGGUUAGAAUCAGGGUCAAGGUCUGGGUCUGGAUUCCAUUUAGGGUUUAGGAUUAAGAUUGAGGUUAUUGUUAGGAAUUAGGGGUAGGGUCAAGGCCAGGGUUGGGUUAAGUUCACUGUCAGGGAAGGGUUUGGAGGUUAGGGUUAGGGUUUAGGUGUAGGGGUGUGGGGUUAGGAGUAGAGGUAGGGUUAAGGUUGUUAGGGGUAGGACUUGGGAUAGGGUAUAGAUAGGGUUUAGGGUUAGGGGCAGAAGACAGGGUUGGAGAUAGACAUGGGUUAGGGUCAGAGGUAGGGUAGGAUUAGGACUGGACUAGGGUUAGGGCUAGCUGUUAGGGUUACAGUAGGCUUACAGUUAAAGUUAGAAUGUAGGUUUUAGGAUAGGGUUGGGUUAGGAUAUAGGGUUAGGGAUUAGAGUUCAGGAUUGGGGAUUUCUUUGGGAUUGUGUGCUUGGGAUGAAGGCCAUGCUGUGUGGGUACCACACACACUGGUUUUGAAGUGACAGCAAGUGGUGGGGGCAGCUUGCCCAUCAGAUCCUCCUGGUGCUGAGGCUCUGGCCAGUGUCCCAACUCCCACCUCCUGGAAACCUACCCUACAGCUGGAGUGAAGGUUGAAGAAAACAAGAAAUUUCUGUCCCCUCCAUUCUCGUGCUCCUCAGGCAAAUAGUAAUUGAGUGCCACUGCAUGUUGCUUAGUUUACCCAACUCCCAGUUGCUGUCACCACUGUCCCUGGACAGUGAUGAGGCCGCUGUGCCUUUUGGUCCACAGUACAGGGCUGCAUGGUGUCACUUGGCCCCAUCUGUGAUGGAAAUGUGUGGUGUCAAUAGUCCUGGAGAGGUGUGUGCCAGCCCAUCUCUGCUGUGCCUGGAGAUGAACUGUUGUGCCUAGACAGUGCUGGUUUAAUUAUUGCCAUGGUGGAUAUUAUGACCAUGUUGUUUAAGAUAAUGAGAGUAUGAUUAUGAUAUGGAUGCCAGCAUGGCGCAGGCACCACUGAGGUCAAAGCAACUGCUUCACAUUAAUGACAGAUGGGAAAUUCUGUACAACUAGAUUUGGGAAACAGUGCUCUGCACAACAUGCAAGAUGAACUUGGGUUUGGAAGAUCAUGGGGACAGCGCAGCUUGCAAGGCUGUUUGGAUUGGACUUUGGAAUCAAGCAGAGGUUUCUUCAUCUUUCACAAUAACACCAUUGCUCAGCUGACAGCAGCACUGGACAUUACACUACAAAAGCACACAUAUUAUUUAUGCCUCCCUUGAUUAUUUCAUUUCCUGACUCUGGGAGAAAAAGAAAAAAGGAAAUUCUCACCCAUGCCCUGGCUCCUCACAGGCCAAAGCUGAUUCUGUCACAGGACAUAGAACCUUGCUCUACAGUAUAUCCAGCAAUGGGUCAAAUCGGUGACAAGAAGAGCAAGAUCUUCCUGAUUUGUACGAACAUUUAAUGAAAGCUUGGGAAAUAUAAAA